AUGGCAGAGUUAGCGACACGGUCGACCAAUGUUAAAUGUCUGGAAAGUGCGGGAGUUCUAGAAUUGCUCCGUCCUUUAUUAUCGGACGCAUGCAGCACAGUGCGGCAAUGUGCAGUCGUUGCAGCAGCAAGGCUUGCCGAACACGAUGAAGGUGUGGCUAGACAAUUGCUAAGCGGAGGCAUGGUUACUUCGACACUUGAAAACCUAAAUAAAUAUAAUGUAUAUUAUAAGCGAUCAGCUCUAUACUUAAUGCGGGCGGUUGCGAAACAUAACGAAGAACUAGCUUCGGCAAUCGUUCGCCUAGGUGCGUUGGAGCAUAUAGUUUCAUGUCUUGAAGAUUUUGAUACACAGGUUAAAGAAAAUGCGGCGUGGGCGCUUGGUUAUAUUGGAAAACAUAAUGAGCAUUUGGCAGGUCUAGUUGUAGACGCCGGAACUCUACCAUUACUUGUGCUUACUUUUCAAGAGCCCGAAAUGAGUUUAAAACAGAUAGCUGCUGGGGCUCUGGUAGAUUUGGCACAACAUAAACCGGAAGCUGUGGUGGAUGCGGGCGCUAUACCACAUCUCGUUCGUGGAUUAGAAAACCAAGACCCUAAAUUAAAGCGUAGCACUCUUUGUGCUCUCGGAGCUGUUGCAAGUGCAAGGGCGGAGUUGGCUGAGGCAACAGUGGCGGGCGGGGCUCUGCCUCCCGCCCUACUGCAUACUGGGCACGAUUCCGCACCGGUGCGUAGAGCUGCAGCCUGUCUCCUGCGAGACAUUGUUAAGCAUUCUGUCGAUCUGGCUCAGUUAGUCGUCAACACUGGAGGCUGUGGUCCCCUAGUGGAGUUAAUGUUUGAAAAUACAGGCGGAGCGCGAAUUCCUGCUUGCAUGGCGCUAGGGUAUAUAGCGGGUCAGUCAGAUCAGUUGGCUAUGGCUGUUAUCGAAUCAAAGGCUGUAGUUAUCUGCGUGGAGACAGUGCAAAAGAACGAUGCAGAGGACGCAGAAAUUUGCGCGGCAGCAUGGACUCUUGGGCAUAUCGCGAAGCAUUCCCCACAGCAUAGUCUCGCUGUGGCUGUUGCGAACGCUUUUCCUAUUUUACUUCAGUUAUACACAAAUCCAAAAUCAUCCGGUGAAGUCAAGGCCCGGGUAUCUUGUGCAUUGAAACAAGCUCUCCAAUGCUGUUUACACCGACCGGCCCUGGAGCCUUUACUCCAUGCAGCACCAGCCUGCAUACUCAAGUAUGUCUUGGCUCAAUAUGCUAAGGUAAAAAAUCAUAUUUCCAGAAUAUAA